CAGCCCCCAGCGACCCCCAUCGCCUUCUUGCUCCUUCCCCGCCGCCGCCGCCGCCGCCGCCGCCGCCACCAACCCGGAGGAGGGAUGACCCUCUCCGGCGGCGGCAGCGCCAGCGAUAUGUCCGGCCAGACGGUGCUGACGGCCGAGGACGUGGACAUCGAUGUGGUGGGCGAGGGCGACGAUGGGCUGGAGGAGAAGGACAGCGACGUGGGUUGCGAUAGCCCCGCGGGGCCGCCGGAGCUGCGCCUGGACGAGGCGGACGAGGGGCCGCCGGCAGCACCCCAUCACGGGCAGCCUCAGCCGCCCCAUCAGCAGCCCCUGGCAUUGGCCAAGGAGGCGGCCGGGGCCGGGGCCGCGCCUGGAAGCGAGGCGGGAGCGCCGGAGGCGGACGGCUGUAAGGGCGGCGAGGAGGGAGCCGCGAGCGGCGGCGGCGGCGGCGGGGGGCCGGGUGCGGGAGGCGGUGCGGCGGGCGGCCUGACCCCGAGCAAGCCCAAGAACAGCCUGGUGAAGCCGCCCUACUCGUACAUCGCGCUCAUCACCAUGGCCAUCCUGCAGAGCCCGCAGAAGAAGCUGACCCUGAGUGGCAUCUGCGAGUUCAUCAGCAACCGCUUCCCCUACUACCGGGAGAAGUUCCCCGCCUGGCAGAACAGCAUCCGCCACAACCUCUCGCUCAACGACUGCUUCGUCAAGAUCCCCCGCGAGCCGGGCAACCCGGGCAAGGGCAACUACUGGACCCUGGACCCGCAGUCCGAGGACAUGUUCGACAACGGCAGCUUCCUGCGGCGCCGGAAGCGCUUCAAGCGCCACCAGCAGGAGCACCUGCGCGAGCAGACGGCGCUCAUGAUGCAGAGCUUCGGCGCCUACAGCCUGGCGGCGGCGGCCGGCGCCGCGGGACCCUACGGCCGCCCCUACGGCCUGCAUCCCGCGGCCGCGGCCGGCGCCUACUCGCACUCGGCGGCCGCCGCAGCUGCAGCCGCGGCCGCCGCGCUCCAGUACCCGUACGCGCUGCCGCCGGUGGCGCCCGUGCUGCCGCCCGCCGUGCCCCUGCUGCCCUCGGGCGAGCUGGGCCGCAAAGCGGCCGCCUUCGGCUCGCAGCUCGGCCCGGGCCUGCAGCUCCAGCUCAACAGCCUGGGCGCCGCCGCGGCCGCUGCGGGCACGGCGGGCGCCGCGGGCACCACGUCGCUCAUCAAGUCCGAGCCCAGCGCGCGGCCGUCGUUCAGCAUCGAGAAUAUCAUCGGCGGGGGCCCCGCGGCGCCCGGGGGCUCGGCCGCGAGUGCGGGGGGCGCCGGCGGCACUGGGGGGGCCGGGGGCGGCGGCACCGCGCAGUCCUUCCUACGGCCGCCCGGGACCGUGCAGUCAGCGGCGCUCAUGGCCACGCACCAGCCACUGUCGCUGAGCCGGACGACUGCCACUAUCGCGCCCAUCCUGAGCGUGCCGCUCUCUGGACAGUUCCUGCAGCCUGCAGCCUCGGCCGCCGCCGCCGCUGCCGCCGCCGCUCAAGCCAAGUGGCCCGCGCAAUAGGGACGCGCCGGUGGCCGGGACGCCAGGCCCGGCGGCGGCCCCGGGCGGCGACUGGCCUUCCACGCUGCGCACUCCGCCCUGGUCCCGGUCUCCCUGUCCAAGUCCUGGACGCUGCGAAUCCCUGAUUCACCCCCCCCUACACACACACACCCCGCCCCCAUCAGCGACCUUCCGCGACCUCCGUCCCCUCGCGCACAACUAAGCUGGCGGAGCAAACUCCACGCGCGCCCGCCGGGAAUAGCUUUCCAUACAGGUAAAACCCAAUUUCCAAAAAUGCACCCCGACGGCGCCUGCUCUCAGUACCGUAGGGUGGGAGGGAAAUUCUUUGUACAUAUUUGUAUAAAAAUUAUUGACUUUCCUUUUGGGGGUUUUUAUUUUUUUAAGAAAAAAAAAACAAAUUCAGUAGAUUUAGAGCUCUGAACUUUCAUUUUUUUUGAAGGUUCACUCUCCGAAGUUUUAUCCGCAAAAAAGAAUGUAUAGAGACGUUGGGAGAUUUUAAAUACAAAAAAAAAAUUUUCAAAAAGGCGAAGUGUCAUUCUAUUAUAAAGGUCUGUUUAUAUAUGAAUGGAUAUAUAUAUAUAUAUGGUAUUCUAAAUGUUAUUCCAUCGUGUUGUACACAACUUUGUAAAUAAAUUUUUAAAAUGC